UCAACACCCCUCCCCACUUCAACUGCGUCAGUAAUACUCAACCUCCCAAACUUUUCAUGCAAAAUCGGCAACGUCAUUAAGAUCCUCACUCAUUCCACAAUUUGCGCUCAAGCUCGCAAAGUUCGUAGACCCACACUCUUCUUCACCAUGAUUAACGACACACCCGCUUGGAAGGCUCUGGCUGAGCACGCCGCCGAGAUCAAGUCUACGCACCUGCGCGAGCUGCUGAAUGACGACGCGCGCAAUGCCGCCAUGCGCACGGAGCAGCAGGGCAUCUACCUCGACUUCUCGCGCCAGAACGCCACGUCCAAGACGCUGGACUUGCUUUUCGAGCUGGCGGAGACCGCUGAGCUCAAGAAGAAGCUGCAGGCCAUUGCCUCGGGCGAACACGUGAACGCCACGGAGGACCGCGCAGUCAUGCACAUGGCCCUGCGUGCCCCGAAGACCGAAAAGAUCGUUGUGGACGGCCACGACGUCGUGCCCGAUGUGCACGAGGUGCUGGACGCCAUCCGCGCCUUCACCAGCAACGUGCGCGACGGAAAGCUCGUCGGUGCUACGGGCAAGCAGCUCAAGAACGUCAUUUCUAUCGGCAUUGGCGGUAGCUACCUCGGCCCCGAGUUCGUGUUUGAGUCGCUGCGCUACGAACCCGUGGCUAAGGCCGCUGCAGAGGGCCGCAACCUCCGUUUCCUUGCGAAUGUGGACCCCGUGGAUGUGGCCCGUGCCACCAGUGGCCUCAACCCCGAGGAGACACUUGUAGUGGUCGUGUCCAAGACCUUCACUACUGCUGAGACUAUGCUAAACGCCCGCACGCUGCGCAAGUGGCUGGUGGACGACCUCACCAAGAAGGGAUCGAGCGAGGCGGACGCUGUGGCCAAGCACAUGGUGGCGGCCAGCUCAGCUGUGCCACUUGUGCAGCAGUUCGGCAUUGACCGCGCCAACAUCUUCGGCUUCUGGGACUGGGUCGGUGGCCGCUACAGCGUCACGAGCGCCGUGGGUAUCCUGCCCUUGGCUUUGCAAUACGGCUUCGACAUUACUGAGAAGUUCCUGGCUGGUGCUCAUGCCAUGGACAAGCAUCUGCUCGAGACUCCGCUGCGUAAUAACCUGCCGGUCAUCAUGGGUCUGCUUGGUGUCUGGAACUCGUCGUUCCUGGGCCACAGCUCGCGCGCUCUACUGCCGUAUUCGCAGGCGCUACUACGUUUCGCUGCACACAUCCAGCAGGUGGACAUGGAGAGCAACGGCAAGCGCGUGACUGUGGAGGGCGUGGACCUCCCAUUCCAGGCUGGAGAGGUGAAUUUCGGUGAGCCUGGCACGAACGGCCAGCACUCGUUCUACCAGCUCAUCCACCAAGGUCGUGUGGUGCCUUGCGACUUCCUGGGCUUCUGUGAGUCGCAGAACCCCGUGCAGCUUGCCGGCGAGCCUGUGUCGAACCACGACGAGCUCAUGUCCAACUUCUUCGCGCAGCCGGACGCUCUAGCUCGUGGCAAGUCUAUUGAGGACCUGAAGGCUGAGGGUGUGCCGGAGAAGCUCCAGAAUCACAAGCUGUUCCCGGGCAACCGUCCGUCCAUCUCGUUGCUCUUCAAGAAGCUGGACGCGUUCUCCACCGGCCAGCUUCUGGCUCUGUACGAGCACCGUACCGUGGUGCAGGGUGCCAUCUGGGGUAUUAACAGCUUCGACCAGUGGGGCGUGGAACUCGGAAAGGUGCUGGCUAAGCAGGUGCGUGCCCAGUUGAGCGCUUCACGUACGGAGAAUGCUCCCGUCAAGGGUUUUAACAGCGCCACUACCAGCAUGCUGGAGGCAUACCUGGCGCACAAGGCUUAAAUUGCAACUACCGGUACGGCUACGGAAGAAUCGUGACUCGUGGCGUCGAGUAUGUGCUCAUAUAGUAGUUUGCUUUGCUUCUUCUGUCUCUCUAUCAAAUCGUCCUAAUUACAGACAACGACGGUGAAAUCCGCCAUACCAUACAAAUCCGCGACGAACACUUGAAGUUCAAAAUAAAA